AUGGGGUCUCCCAUCGCCGCCGCCUCCUUCCUCCUUCACUGUGCCGCGUUUUCUCUGGUUCUGUUCGCGGCCGGAGCGGCGGUGCCCGACGACGUUCGUCUCCGGCAGGAGGCCGACCGAGUUGUGAAUCUGCCAGGGCAGCCGCCGGUAAGGUUCCGGCACUACGCCGGCUACGUGACCGUGGACGAGAACCGCGGGAGGGCACUGUUCUAUUGGUUCUUCGAGGCCACCGAGAAGCCACAGCAGAAGCCGCUCCUCCUGUGGCUCAAUGGAGGUACGAGGAACCCCCCGAUUCCUCUCUCUCUCUCUCUGAUGAAUUCCCGCUCCCACUUUCUCUCUCCAGUUUCCUCAUCCGGUUCAACCGGGGAAAGCUACCCUCGAGCUAACGCUGCCCGACCAGCCUCGUGUCCUGGAUUAAAUCAUCCCUUCACGACACGAUAAAGACUCUCCUAUCCUUAGGAGAUUCCUGCUCAUCGAGUCAAAUAUCUCUCCCACUAGAUCGUUGACUCGGAUCGGAAGCGGUCGACUCCACGUUGUCGGCGUAUCUCGUCGCGUAUUCACGCUCAGAGAUCAGGCUGAACCUCCCUCGGCUGGUCCGACGCCCCUUUCUGCGGCGGAGAGAGAGAGAGAGAGAGAGAGAGGGAGCUCCUCACUGCUGCUCCGACGGCCUCGCUUCAGUGUUGGUGUAAUCUUUGCGUAGAGGAGCUCCAGUUUGACUUCAUCGGAGGAGCCGAGCUGGGUAGAGCAAACCAAGGGUUGGCAAUUGACCAUUACCAUAGUCUCACCCGCUUCUCAAAUUGAUGAAGUUCUCCCUCUUCGAUGAAGCCUUAUGCGGAUAGGCGCGGACUAGAGAGAGAGAGAGAGAGAGAGAAACAUGGUGACCUGUGGACUUCAGCCAGCUGUGGGGUUGGCUGGCAUGGAGUAGCCGCGUCGGCACAUGGAAGGAGGUCUAUGCAUCCCAUGCUCCCUCACAGAUGAGGACAACCUCGCCGGUUAACCCGCGGUCAGCACGGGGGGUUUCGUCUCCCUCAAGAUCCGCCGUCAUCGGACCAGCCCCCAGGGUACGUGGCAGCUCGCGAGUGCCAUUGACAGUCGGCCGUCGCAUGCAGACCAAAUCUAGUCUCAUCCCCAUCUCCAGAUCUCACAGAUUUCUUCCCCCCUCUCAACUUUGAGAUCCGUAGGGGGGUCAUCGCCUUAGUUGAAGGUCGAAGAAUUGAACUUAGCGAUAGAGAGAGAGAGAGGCGGAAUCAUUUAAUGUGUUCUUCUCUGAGGUGCAGGUCCGGGUUGCUCGUCCAUCGGGUACGGGCAGUCGGAGGAGCUCGGCCCUUUCCUGACGCAGGCCGGGGUGCCGGAGAUCAAGCUCAACCCCAACUCCUGGAACAAAGGUAACAAGCCCAACCCCUCUUAGAACGAGAACGAGAAAGAUAGAAGUGGGGAGAGAGAGAGAGAGAGAGAUAGAGAGAGAGAGAGAGAGGUAGAGGCGACAGAGAAAGAGAGGGAGGGAGGGAGGAGGAGAGAGAGAGAGAGAGAGAGAGAGCGAGAGAGAGAUGGGGAGAGAGAGAGAGGGAGAGGGGAGAGAGGGAGAGAGAGAGAGGGAGAGAGAGAGAAGAGAGAGAGAGAGGGCGAGAGAGAGAAGAGAGAGAGAAGAGAGAGAGAGGGAGAGAGCGGGACGGAGGGAAAGAGAGAGAGAGCGAGAGAGAGAGAGGGAGAGAGAGAGAGAGAGAGAGAGAGAGAGAGAGAGAGAGAGAGAGAGAGAGAGCGCGGGAGGGAGAGAAAGAGAGAGCGAUAGCGAAAAGAGAGAGGGAAGGAGUGAGAGAGAGAGAGGGAGAGAAAGAGAGAAAGAGAGAGGGAGAGAGAGAGAGAGAGAGCGAGAGAGAGAGAAAGAACGAGAGAGAGCGAGAGGGAUAGCGAGAGAGGGAGGGAGAGAGAGAGAGUGGGAGAGAGAGAGAGAGUGGGAGAGCGGGAGGGGGAGAGAGAGACAGAGACAAAGACAACUGAAGUGGGCACGGGGGAGCAUUACUCCUGCGAAAGCAGCGUUCGGCAAAUGGUAGAGGGUCUAGCCGGCCGAUCAAUGAGACGAUAAAACCUUGAUAGGAGCCUGCGAAUGUUGAAUCACUGAAAUAAACUCACGAUCUUUCUUCACCGCUAACAGCGAAUAAAAGUCAAUUCUUUAUACCAUAAGAAGAUUAAUCCCACUAUGGUGUAAUAUUUCUUCAGCGGCGAACCUUCUGUUCUUGGAGUCGCCAGUGGGGGUCGGGUUCUCCUACUCAAACACCACCUCAGAUUACAAUGAACUCGGAGACAAAGUCACCGGUAAGUUCCUCUCCUGAGCAUCUGUCACUGUUCUUCCCCAACCCAUAGAUCACAACCAGAUUAAUGGCCACGGAUCACAAACUUUCUCAUGUUUCUCUGAUCAGCGAGCAAUUCCUACACGUUUCUGGCGAAUUGGUUCAAACGAUUCCCCCAGUACAAGUCCCACGACUUCUACAUCUCGGGAGAGAGCUACGCAGGUAGGAGAGCCCAAGCCCCUCACAAAAGAAGAGGAUUUAGGACAAAAAUAGUACUAAUCCUGGGUGACUUUGCGAUUAUUCUCAGGCCAUUAUGUUCCGCAGCUGGCAGAGAAGAUCUUCGACCAGAAUAAGAUAGUACCAGAGGAGGACUACAUAAAUCUGAAGGGUUUCAUUGUAAGUGCAGAUCUUCCGCUCACCCAAUCACCGUUGACUUCGAUUCUACUGAGCAUGUUCUUCACGGAUCAGAUUGGGAAUUCAGUGCUGGACGAUGAGACGGACCAGAAGGGCUUGAUUGACUAUGCCUGGGACCAUGCUGUUAUAUCAGAUGAGCUGUACCACAAGAUACAAAAAACCUGCGACUUCAGCAAGCUGACCACCAGAGACUGCAAUGUUGCGCUGGAGGAGUACUUCGAGGUCUACAGGAUCAUAGACAUGUACAGCUUGUACACGCCCAGAUGCUUUAAUGGCACAGUCACCAGUCCCAGGCAGCUGAGAGGGAUCAAGGGCACAGCACCCAAGGCAUUCUCCAGAUUUUUAGGGGACUUUUUUUUUGUUCCUGAAAUAGUCAAAAUCAGUACUUUUUUUAAAAGAGCAGAAUUGACUGGGCUCGUCUAUUCAACAGGGUGCAUGGCUCAGGAACCCAUCGGGCUACGAUCCUUGCAUAUCAUAUUACACAGAGAUUUAUUACAAUCGCAAAGAUGUACAAGAAGCUCUACACGCCAAUACCACGAACAUCCCUUUCAAUUGGACUCAUUGCAGGUGAAUGAUCAACCUUUCACUUUUUUUUUUUGAUAAAAAAAUAAUUCAUGAAGAUCAUCACUAAGAUAAGAAUGAGCCCAAUUUUUUGUGUGGUUAUCACUAAAUUCCUUCAUUUCUUUCCUUUUUUUUUCUCGCGCCGGGCAACAUUGUGAAUUCACAAGAGCCUUGCUAAUCUGCUGCUGCCCUGAAUCCUCAACAGCGAUAUCAUUACGAAGUGGAACGACUCGGAAGUCUCCAUCCUUCCGAUAUUGAGGAAAUUGAUUAAAGGAGGCCUCAGGAUUUGGGUUUUCAGGUAUGGCCAUAUGAUUUUUUUACUUCAAAUCAUACCAACAAAGAAUUGAGAUAAUCAUCACUGUUUAUCAAUAAAAGCUGCCCGUCGAGUUGGCUCAACCUUCGAUUCAACACCCCUACAGUUCAAAAAAAAGGAAAAAAGAGCACAUCAAAGGAACCCUGGAAGCACUUGUUUUCUGGGGCACAAUAUCACCAUGCUGAUGAACAUAUUCCAUAGAAUUAUGCUCAUGUAGGGAAGGUUAUCCCGGAGUAGUGUUCCAUAGAUUGGAGCUACAUCAGGGUAACACUGUAUCAGUGCAAGUGAAGAUAUUAGGCUUGAUUGAUAGGCCUUGAUACACACAUGAACAAAUUUUUCCUUCCAGAUUUCUUCUUUUGGUAAUUCAAUAUAUCGCUUGAAGGCGCCUGAGUAUCAUAAUAUCUAAGAAUACCUGGUUUAACUCUGACUCUGACUAGUUGCUUGCAUCUUUAUAGUGGGGAUACUGAUGGAAGAGUACCAGUUACUGGCACAAGGUACACAAUGAGGAAGCUAGGCCUAAAAACCAUUCAACCGUGGACCCCCUGGUACUUCCGGAACCAGGUGAAGAGUGAUUCCCUGCUCCUCCUAUCCUUCCCCUCUCUCUCAUAAACGUUCAAUCCUUGUGAAUACUUCAGUGAUAAUCAUCGUUCCUAUGACGAUACAGGUUGGCGGGUGGACUGUCAUCUAUGACGGCCUCACAUUCGUCACAGUUCGUGGUGCAGGGCAUCAAGUUCCAACUUUUGUUCCAAAGCAAGCUGAGCUGCUGAUCAAAUACUUCUUGGCAAACAAAGAGCUACCUCGCAGCCAGUAUUAG